AUGUCUACCGAAUGGGAUAUUGAUCAUAUCGAUUAUGACGUCGAGCCUAACGCUGACGAAAAUGCCGACGCGUCGAAUACACCCGAAAAUGAUUAUGAAGAACACGGCGAUUAUUCCGACGGGCCUAUGCUGGUUAACGAUUCCGAUAAUACGAAAGAGCAUAAUACAUGCAACCCCCGAUCGGAUUUUUACGCUUUUUCGUUAAAAACUGAAAUCCUUAACGCAAUCGAAGAUUGCGGCUUUGAACACGCUUCUGAAGUACAACGAAUUUGCAUUCCUCAAGCCGUAAUAGGGAAAGACAUUAUUUGCCAGGCCAGCUCAGGUCUCGGAAAAACGGCCGUUUUUGUCCUUUCUACUCUUCAACAAGCCGAACCGAUUGCUAGCAUUUGCUCGGCGCUCGUUUUGUGUCAUACCUGCGAGCUAGCCUUGCAAAUUUACACCGAGUACAAGCGAUUUUCUAAGCAUAUGCCCGAUAUAAACAUUGCUGUUUUUUUUGGGGGCAGGCCGUUUUACAAAGAUACCGACCUUUUACAAAACAAAAGCACGCACCCGCACAUUAUUAUCAGCACUCCUGGCCGACUUAAAGCGCUUAUGCGUUGGGGGAAUCUUCGGCUGGAUGGCCUCCGUACUUUAGUGCUUGACGAGUGUGACCAAAUGAUUGGCCAGCCAGAUAUAUAUCGGGAUGUACAAGACAUUUUUCGUUGUACCCCCCAAAACCAGCGACAGUUUAUGGUAUUUUCGGCCACUUUAUCGGAAGAUAUUAAGCAGAUUUGCAAAGCCGAAAUGCGAGAACCGAUAGAAGUUCAAAUUAAGGGCACGAUUUCGAAAACCCUUCGGCAGGAUUAUAUCGUCCUUAACGAGCAAGAAAAAAUUAAUAGGCUUCAUGACCUAUUAGGGGAGGUCCCGUUCCGACAGGCCAUUAUAUUCGUUAAAAGCGCCGGCCGGAGCACUUGGGUAAACCGCUCCCUGCAAAAGCGUGGCUUUUACUCUAUUGAAAUCCAUUCCGGCAUUAGCCAAGACGAUCGGAUACAUUGUUAUAAUCAGCUUAAGCAUUCCGACAUUAUGCGAGUUUGUGUCGCUACCGAUGUGUUUUCCCGCGGUAUUAACCUUGAGGGGGUUGAUUUGGUUAUUAAUUACGAUAUGCCGGCGAAUGCGGAUUCGUAUUUGCACCGCGUUGGCCGGGCUGGUCGUUCCAUACGUGCAACUGGAAAAUACCUCC